AACAAAAAACAUUCAAAUUGUAAACUCUAGGACUUAAAGCUCUAUAUAUUUCGUCCAUGAUUUCCUCGGUAGGGGAUGCUGCUAACAAAGAGAAUCGGGAGGGGGAGUUGUUAUUGUCCAGCAAAAACGUUUAGGCCCACCCCAUCCAAUAAGCCCGCCCACAAUGAAAGAAAUCCAGGAGCUGAUUGGUUCCCUUCAACUUGUGUCGGUUUUUUUCCUUUUUUCUUUUUUUCUCGCACACGACAACAUACCAAUGUUGCUGCAAGUUGAAUUAUAACGGGGCAAACGCAGUUCAAAAGAUGAGAGAAAGUGCUCGGGAAAAACCGGUCCUAAUCGGAAUGGCGCGAGGAAGCUCCUGUUCGACGUCGAGCUGCAGCCGGGCCUUCUAAAAGCGUCUGAGCGGAUGGUUGGAGGGGAGAAAGGACAGGCUGUCCCUGAUUCAAUGACAGUUGGGGUCUGCUGACGGGAAUAACAAUGAAGUUUGCUCAGUUUUUGCUGUCGAACGGCUCUUUUUCCGGGAUACUAAAGCAAGUGGAGAGGUUUUCUAAAUUCUCCCCUUCUCCUUUAUCUAUGAAGCAGUUCAUUGACUUUGGCUCGACCAAUGCUUGUGAAAAGACCUCCUUUGUGUUCCUACGACAGGAACUUCCAGUCAGACUGGCCAACAUAAUGAAGGAAAUUGAUUACCUCCCAGACAAGCUCCUCAGCACUCCAUCUGUGAAGCUCCUCAACAGCUGGUACUCACAGAGUUUGAUGGAGCUUGUUGAUUUUCUAGAAAAGGAUCCAGAUGACAAGGAUGUCUUGAAAAACUUCACAAAGACCCUUGUAAACAUCCGGAACCGGCACAACAACGUAGUACCCACCAUGGCUCAGGGCGUGCUGGAGUACAAGGACGCCUUUGGCGUGGACCCCGUCACAAACCAGAACGUCCAGUACUUCCUGGACCGCUUCUACAUGAGCCGCAUCUCCACACGCAUGCUCAUGAACCAGCACACGUUAAUCUUUGACGGCAGCGUGAACCCGGCACAUCCCAAACACAUCGGCAGCAUUGACCCCAGCUGUGAUGUUGUUGAGGUUGUAAAAGAUGCCUUUGAGACUUCAAAAAUGCUGUGUGAACAGUAUUACCUGACCUCUCCUGACAUGGAGAUAACAGAAGUCAACUCCAAAAACCCGGACCAACCCCUCCACAUUGUGUAUGUGCCAUCCCAUCUCUACCACAUGCUGUUUGAACUGUUCAAGAAUGCGAUGAGAGCCACGGUGGAGACUCAUGAGACGAGCCCAACGCUGCCGCCCAUCAAGGUGCGCGUUUCGCUGGGGAGUGAGGACCUCACUAUUAAGAUGUCUGAUAGAGGAGGCGGGGUGCCCCUCAGGAAGAUUGAGCGCCUCUUCAGCUACAUGUACUCCACAGCUCCCAGUCCUGUCCACAUAGACAAAUCUCGCAAUGCUCCACUGGCUGGGUUUGGCUAUGGCCUGCCCAUCUCCCGCCUGUACGCCAAGUAUUUCCAGGGAGACCUGCAGCUCUACUCGAUGGAGGGCUAUGGCACGUCGGCUGUCAUAUACUUGAAGGCCCUGUCAUCAGAAUCAGUGGAGAGACUUCCUGUUUUCAAUAAGUCGGCGUUACGGCAUUACCAGACCAGCACGGAGGCUGAUGAUUGGUGCAUGCCCAGCAAGGACCCAAAGAAACUAGGCAAGAAUGAGAUGACGCGGUGAUGACAGACGAGGAACAGUCAAAGAGGAUUUUAAGAAAACUUCCACAUCUCUUAAACAUGUUUUAAAACUAUAAAAUAAGCUGUUAGAGUGAGUAUGGUGUCCAUAACAGAAAAAAGGAAAUAACCUGAACUAAAGCUAAUUUCAAAGCAGCUUUGAAGAAAAUACAAUUUGUUUGUAUUAAUGUGCUGCUAAUAAGAACUGAAGUGUUAAAGUCUUUUGAGAAAUAAGCUUUUUAUUUGAUUUUUAAAACAUUUAAGAAAUGUUUUUGGUUUUUCAAAGUUUGUACCUUGAGUUUUUGGUUUGGAUUCAAUGUGUUUGAAAGUUGAGGUGCCAAAUCCCUUCAACAUCUCAUGUCUCUAAAAGUGACAAUAUUCUUCAAAAAGUUGAUAGUUUAAAUGUUUUAAUUAUUUUUUUUUCUGAAUAAGAUUUAAAAAGAAACACUCUUCACAUUUAUGAAAACUGAUUUUUAAACUUAAAAACAAACAGUCCAUUUUUUAAAGUAUUACUUUGUUCAUCUGAAAAAAACUGCUGCACCACACUUAAUAUUUGAAACGUUCAUUGAUGCUUAAUGAUAAAUACAAAUAUUUUGAGCAAAACGUAACAAAACCCAGAUAUAUUUUUCUGAAGAACGACCAUCUUCUAGGUGUUGGAUGAAUUCAGAACUUCAAUAAUGUGUCUGUGUCGAGCGAAGGACAUUGUAGCUAAAGCAACCUGGGAACAUUUUUAGUUUCUAAGUCUGCUGUUUGUAUUUUCUCAAUUAACUGCUUUUUAAAUUCUUCACAUCUUUAUUUUUAUUUUAAAUAUCUGUAAAAGAAAAGUGAACUGCUGUGAAAGAACAAAAACGUCUGUUAUACAAACAUUUUCAUCAGUCUUGACACAAUUAUACCCACAAUCACCUUGACUACAGUAGACACAUUAGGUUGCGGUUCACAGACUGCAUUUAUCUUAUAGAUAUGAAGUGUUGCGGUACGUGCUGUUGUAAUGUCCUCAAUACAAAAUGGUUGAAGACUUUUUUUUGAAUGUCUUUAUUUGCUCUCUGUCAUUGCCUCCAUGUGUAUUUGUGUCAUCUGCCUUGAACUCAUACACACCUGUUGUUCACUCGUUGAGCUCUUUGUAUGUCUUAAAGGCCAAGUGCACUGAGUUUGUGGUUCAUAGCUAAAAGGACCAGUGAAUGUCAGCAAUAAACUUCAGAUGUUGUCUCUGCA